AGAGAGAAUGGAUAAGAAGGCCAUGCCCCCCAGUAAUACAAAGCAAAUCCAAAGAGCAUAAAAGGCGACACAACAUCUCCAUCUUCCUUAUCUCCCUGACGGUCUUUGGACCGAAAACCCAAACCAGAAAGAAAUGUCACUCACAGCCUUAUUCCUCCAACUGCCUCCAUUACACUCCCUCAAGCUCUCCUCCUCCACCCCAACAACCUCUUUCCUCCAUGGCUCGACCCCUCUCUCCCAACUCUCCAAACCCAAUUCCUGUGUCAUCCAUCCAGUCUCAAAGCCCCCAUCUUUCCUCCCAACAAUCAGGGCUAUGAGGUCAUUGCAGGGCAAAGUCGUUUGCGCCACCAACGAUAAGACCGUGGCGGUGGAGGUGACGCGUUUGGCCCCUCACCCAAAGUACAAGAGGCGUGUUAGGAAGAAGAAGAAGUACCAGGCUCAUGACCCUGAUAACCAAUUCAAGGUUGGGGACAUUGUUCAGCUCGAGGAAAGCAAACCCAUUAGCAAGACCAAGACUUUUCUCGCCAUCCCUGUUCCCAAAAGGAAUUCCAACUCCAAGAAUGCCGUGGCCGAAGAAGCUGAUGGAACCCAGCAGCUUGGCAUUCCUUUGGAGUCUCAGCAGCAGUUGCAAGCUUAGAGUGAGGUUUAUUAUCCUGUUUCUUUUUGUGGACUGAAUUGGCCUUUAUUCUUGGAAGAAAUUAAAGUAUAUUAAUCUUUUUAAAUUCAGUGUAUUUUGAUGUGCAUGAAUUGGUAUAAGAUCUGAUAAUUGUCUCUCA